CUUUGCGCGCUGCGUCGGCGGCGCUCGGUCACGUCGCGGAGGCGAGGAGCUGGUCUGGCCUUUGGAGGGCCGCGGCGUGCACGCAGUUGCGCGCGCGCGGUCCGGGCGAUUGCUGCUGUGAGCGAAGCUCUUGCAGCGCGUGUUGCAGGCCGCGCAGGCGCCGUAAAUCGAUGCGCCGCGAAGACCUCUGGUUCCCUUAGUGUCCUUAAACGCUAGCUUUAUUUUUUUCGGCAGCUCGCACAAGCCACGUGUCGCUGCCUCCCUGCUCGUAGAAGGACGUGCGGACUCGCACUUGCAGUGCCGGCCGCGGAGAAGCCAUCGCUGCGAGACUUGGCAGUUCUAAGCAAUUCUCAAAAAGACAAGCUGUGCACAGCAUCCAUCUCUGAUGAUGCGGCCGCUCCUCGUCUGCGCCCUGGCAGCCACGGCCGCGGCGGAAGUCGUCCAGGUCGACGCCCCGACCGUCGGCGCCUUCCUCGAGAACGCCGCGGACAAAUUAGUAAUACUCGACUUCUACGCGCCCUGGUGCGGCCACUGCCAGCGCCUGGAGCCCGUGCUCACGAAGUUUGCCCUGGACCACCCCGACGUCGCCGUCGCUAAAAUCGACGCGACGAAACGGAUGAACGAGAGGCUCGCCGAUGCACACGGCGCGGACUCCUAUCCCACUCUACGGUUCAGAAGGAGCGGUUCUACUGAGUUCGUCGACUACGACGGAGCGCGAGACGCGGAGGGCUUCGCAUUGCUCGCGGCGCGUUUACAAAAGCCGGCCAUCGCGAGGCUCAAAAAGUACGACGCAAAGGCACUGGAGAAACUGACAGUACAUAAACCGCGCGUCGCCUUCCUGCUGACGGCGCCCUUUGAGGAAAAUCUGAAAGAAUUUGAAAGCGUCGCGAACGACCUGGCGCAUGUGGCGUCCUUUGCUUUGGUUGAUGAUCACAAGAAUACAGGAUUGUACCCGGGCAAGGUGGGCUGCGUCGCGCCGAACGCUUCCGUGCACCGCUUCCCGGGCGGGGACCUGCGGGUGUCUUCCAGCGUCUUCGCUCGUCUUCGAAGUCGUCGGCGCGAUGGCGUGGAGACGUGCUCUCGUCCUUGGCGUCGCGCCGACGAUGCGCCGCCGACGCGUGACCCCCACCGCAGGACUGGGUCGAGAAGCACAACGAGGAGCUCGUAUCGUCUUUAGGACCGCACAACUUCCGGCGCAUCGGCCUGAAGAGGAUGGUCGUGGCUGCUGUUGUCGACCCCGAGGAGGACCUCGCAGCUCAAGGCGCCGAGGCGCUCAUGCGCGCCGCGGCGGCGGGCUUCCAUGCGGACAUCCGCGAGGCCUUCGCCUUCGGCGUGCUCGACGGGAGGCGCUGGGACGAGUACAUCGCGACGUUCGACUUGCAGGUGUCGGACCUGCCGCGCGUCCUCGUGCUCGAUCGGCCGGCGGAGCGUUUUUUUGACGAGUACCGGCCGCCGGAGACGGGCGACGGCGAGGUCGCGGCCGCGGCGCUGCGGAACUACCUCCGGUCCAUAAUGAGGGGCGAGGCGAAGGCGCGGUACCUGAACUGGCGCGGCUUCCCGGACCGGUUGAAGCGGUUCUGGGCGAGGCGCAAGGGGCUGGUGCUCGCGGGGGCUGUCGUGGUCGUGUUGCUGUUCGUGGCGAUCGGGCGGGCGUGCGCCGGUGGGGAUGAGGAGAAGGAGAAGGAGGAGUAGCGUAUAUGGCCUUAA